AUGGAGGAGGGCGGCAGGUACCGGUCUGCACGUAGAACGUUCAGGAUUCCGAGGUCGCUAGCUGACAGUUGGCGCAACGCAAGCAGCAGCCGCCGGCUGGUCGCGCCGCCAUGCCGACGCUUUCUCUCGCCCGUCGUGCCGCCACGCCGACGCUUCUUUUUCUGCUCCAGCUGCUCGCCUUUUCCCUGCUAGCCCUGCGAGCCUGCUCUCCGCGCAUGCAGCCGCCGCCCCUGGCGGUCAGCUGCCUCGGAGCUCCCGGGCGCGGCUCCGCAGGUCGCAGCGGCGACGGCUGGCUGUCCUGCCUGGGGAAUGGCACCUUGCGACUGCGGUACCGGCCAGCCCCAGGAGCGACAGCGGAGGCAGAGAGCACAGAGAGGCAGCCUGCCUCCCCGCCGCACUGCCGCUGGUACCUGAAUUGGGAUUGGGUGAAGAACACCUCCCUCUGGUCAGGGCAGCUCACGCUCCAGUCAGGCCUCUCCCUGGGAAGCGCUCUCUGGCCGGUGGCCUCCAGUCUCAUUACAGUGCAGUGCUCAUCUGCCUCAUGCGCCGCACCCGAGUGCCUUUAUCGCAACUUGAGCAUUGAGAUGUCAGCAAGGUGGGCCGCCCAGAAGAGCUCACACGCAUACCGUGAUGGCACGAGAAGCGCCGCCUGCUUGUUCCAUUGCUCUGCUUUCCCCGGGGAUCCUGAGAAACACCAAGGGUUCGUGGCAAAAGUGAGCAGCACCCGAAAUGGACUGACACCGGCUCUCCCCAGCGUCAGGGAUGACACUUCAAAAGCAACAGAGCUGGCAGUGCUUCACCAGGAAGCAGCCUGCAAAUUCAACUCGGUUACAAUUCAAAAACCUUCUCUUCAUACCUCUGUCAUACGUCAGAAAAAGGGGAAAACGUUUGAGCUGUAUGCCAGAGUGCUAGUGGACUGCAACCUCCACGUGUCCAUAAAGCCUCAGUGGAUAUUCUAUGCUGUUAAGGACAUGAAAACUAAUCCAGACUGGGACCAACCUUUAAAUACAUCAGCGAUGCACGGUGUCAACACAGUACAGCUAACGGUUCCCAGCUGGACCUUGGAUUAUGGAAUGUAUCAGGUCUAUUUUACUGCUUCAGUAUACGUGCUCGGGACCAAAAGAUCCUUCAGUAAGACAGACAGGGUUUUCGUCAAGAUAGAGAGAAGUGAUCUUGUGGCAAGUAUUGCAGGAGGCAACUUCCGGACAGUGGGCUUUUUUGAUAAUUGGACUCUCGAUGGCUCCGUGUCCUACGACCCCGAUUCACCGGAACGACUAAAGGGACUCACGUUUACUUGGUACUGCACUAAGAAGCUAUUGGACUAUGAAAGCAUGAGAAUCAGUGCGGGAAAUAAAUGUCAUCCAGCCCAGAGGGAUUUGAGGUGGCUGACAUCUUCAGGGGCUGUUCAAGUGCUAGCACCGGAAUCGCUCCCGGGAAACACUGUCUACCACUUCCGUUUAGUCAUUCAAAAGGAUAGAAGACAGAGUUAUGCCGACCAAAGCGUAAACGUGCAGUCUGGCUUCUCACCUCUCCUGGAUGUGGCGUGCCUUGAAAACUGUGGCAGCGCUGUAAUUCCGACAGAGAGGUUUACGUUGUCAGGCAGAUGCCUCAACUGUCAAACAAGCAGCCAGCCAGUCCACCAGUCAUCGCUUUGGGUGGAAAAUUCUUCAGAAAUUAGCUUUGACUGGUCUUCCAGAACCUCAACAGCUUCUGUCCUAAACUACAUCGAAGCCGCACCAACACUCCCAAUACCCAAGGCUCAGUUGAGGGAAAGCCUGCUUAAGGCAGCCCUGAAUAUUUCGGUUGAGAGCACGAUGGAAAUUAACCAAGUGGACACGUGCAGACUUGGUUCCCUGACCAACUGGCAACGGGUACACUGUGUCUGCAGCAUGAAGCGGAGUCACAGGAGCCGGUCAGUCCUCACUGCCUCAAAUACAUCCACACUUGACAUCAAGUUCCUGGCAGCCAAAGUCAUUGUGACCCCCAACAGAGUAGAUCUCAAAGGAAACCUAAUAGCGGACCUCCCUAAGAACCCCGUGACCCUUCUAACAGUGCUCUUCAUUUUUGCAGCCUACUUUCUUUUGUCUCUGUGGGCCGUGCGGAAAGACAGGGCUGAGAUGGUCAGCAAAGACAAAAUUAUAGUUCUGCCCGACAACGACCCCUUUGAUAAAGUCAGCUUUUUGGUCACUUUGUACACCGGCAGUCGCUGGGGAGCUGGAACCAGCGCAGAUGUUUUUCUUCAGCUCAUCGGCCAGAACGGCACAAGUGAUAUCCACUGCUUGCGGCAUCCACAGUUUCCUGCUUUCCGUCGAGGAAGCACUGACUGUUUUCUCUUGACUACGAAGGAAGACCUGGGAGACAUCUGCGCCUUCAGGGUCUGGCACAACAACAGAGGCCCAUCGCCAGGCUGGUUCUUAAGCAGAGCCAAAGUUGAACACGUGUCCGCUCAGAAGACCUGGUUCUUUAUGUGCAGGAAAUGGCUUGCCCUUGACAAGGGAGAUGGCUUACUAGAAAGGACAUUUUCCGUCACCAACCCAAAAGCACCUCUAUCCAGAAAGGAUUAUUUUUUGAUUGACCUGGCCAGUGGUCUGAAAGAGGGCCAUCUAUGGCUCUCCGUUUUUGCUCAGGUUCUCACUGGCACUUAUAGCAGGCUCCAAAGGUUAUCUUCCUGUCUAACAAUAUUAUUAUUAAACCUGUUCGUUAACAUUAUGUUCUUUAGUGCUGACAGGGAUGAAGAAUCUCCAAGACACCUGAGGUACUUGAGAUCAAUUGCCAUAGGCAUUGAAUGUGCUUUGAUUACAGUACCUGUGGAAAUGAUUAUAAUGGCCUUAUUUAAGUAUUCCCAGAAGAAUCCAGAGAGAAGUCUAACUCUGCUUCCUAUGAAUCUUAAAACCUGGAGAGUACAUUCGCAAAAAAGGAAACGUUCAGAAACGUCAGCACAAUCUGGUAGCAUUAGUUCCCCGGAGAACGUUGCUGCUCACAGCGAUUCUCAGGGCCCGAUGCAUAACUUGAGGAGAAGAAGAACUGAGGGAAAGACGAGAAGCCAGGGAGCUCCCCAGAACAGCAGUAACUGCCCAGUUUCUGAAGGAGGUGCAAGUACCGCCGGAGACAAGGAGCAAACAGGAAAGAAUUCCUGUCCAAAGGUUAAGGCCAGGCAGAGACUACCAUCAAAUUCCAAUUUCAGCAAUAACUGCGCAAAGGAAGCAGGUAACUUGCAGGAAGAAAGCAAGCUACUCAGCGUUAGCUCUGUGCCUUUUAGCAAGAGACCACCCAUAGUUUGUUGUUGGUGGUGUGUCUAUCUCUCGUGGGUGUUAGUGAUAAUUGUAAGUGGGGUAUCGUCAUUUUUCAUUGUACUGUAUGGUUUGUCUUACGGCUACCAGACUUCGCUGGAGUGGCUUUUAGCGUCGGCAACUUCCUUUAUUCAAAAUGUGUUCUUUGUUUCAAUCAUAAAAAUCAGUUGUUACUCAGCUUUGAACACAGUUCGUCCGAAAUACUGCGAAAACAUUCCAUGGUUUACCCAGGAUCUCCCUUCUGAGAUUCAAGCAGAAAAGGAAGCAAUGAAUGAAGAAGAGAUGCGGGAGAAGCACUUCAAGCUUGCCCAGAUCAGAGACACCGAGCAGUACAAGCCUUUAAAAGAUGAAGAAAUUGCAAAGAUGCUGGAAACGGCAAAAAUUAAAGUCAGGGCAUUCAUUUUCAUAAAAGAUGUUAUCGGUCACCUUGUGGUUUUAGCAGUUGUCUUAUGUUUUGCUUAUUCUACUGUGAACACUAACAGUUUCCACUACAACCAAUUUAUUCAGAACCAGUUCUCUCCCAGACUCCCUGCUGUGGUUAAGCUGGCAGAUAUUUACACGUGGGUGAACGACACCUUCUUGCCUUUGAUCCACAACGACGUUCAGCCAACUUUUCUUACCGACAGCUCAUCCAAAAUCAUCGGUUUGCCUAGGAUGAGGCAAGUGCGGGCUAAAGGUACUGAGAAAACUUGUUUCCACCCUCACAGCUUUGUAAAUAAAUUUGUAAUCAGUAAAAGCCACUGCCUUCACAAAUACGGCAGGGACCUCGAAGAGAAAGGUGACUAUGCUGGCACGUGGACAAAAGUCGCCAACCGUUCUUUUUCCGAGGAAACCAGCAGUUACCCUGGGUUUACUUACCAACCAAACAGGGCUCCCUGGACUUACUUCUCAUACGGAGAUCUGCACACAUACGGACCAGGAGGAUACACGUUUUACUUUUUCCCUGAAGAAGGAAGACGUAAUUCAACAGCAAGGCUGGAUUUGCUGCAGGAGAGCAACUGGCUUGAUGAAAAGACCUGGGCUGUGAUCAUCGAACUGACUACGUUCACGUCUGAUGGAGAUCUCUUUUGCAGCACCUCAGUCAUGUCUGAACGGUCUGAUUUUGAGAUCAUAAAACCAACUUUGUCAGUACGCUCUUUUGCUGUCUCCAUUUUCCAUCAGCAAACAAAAGGUCAACAAUUGUUUUUCCUAGCUGCUGUUGCCUUUCUGCUCAUGUACGUUGCAGAUGGCCUCUACAGCAUGGUCCAAGGAAAAAAAAAAUAUAAAACUAUUUCCAGGACAAUCAGCUUCAUCUUAAAAUUGGCAUUCUUCCUGAUUGUUCCUUUCCAUGUUUUAAAGUUCAAGAUGGGAGCUGAUAUCGUUCAUUUUUUCUUACUUUAUCCAAACGAUUUCAUUCCUUCUCACGCAGCUUCUCAUCUAGAUCAGAAUCUAAGGAAUACUUUGGGCUUUUUGGCAUUUCUUGCAGUUUUGAAGACACUAAAGUAUUCUCAAUUGUUUUACGAGGUGCGUCUGGCUCAAAGAUCAAUCUUGGCAGCCCUUCCUGGGAUCUCCUCAAUGGCCUCUGUGGUGAUGGUGUACUUCUCUAUCUUUAUGGCUUUUGGCUACCUUGUGUUUGGCCAGCAUGAAUGGAAUUACAAUAAUAUGAUUCACUCAGCUCAGACCGUAUUCUCUUACUGCGUGUCUGCUUUCAGAGAUACUGCAUUUUCAUCCAGCAGGCUGAUGGGUGGUUUUUUCCUCACCUCCUUCCUGCUGGUGAUGACCUGUGUUUUGAUCAACCUCUUCCAAGCUGUUAUUAUGUCUGCCUAUGGAGAUAGGAAACAACUUGUCUGUGAAGAACCACCUGAUGAAGCAAGAGCGGUUGCUUUCCUCCUGCAAAGGAUGAAAAAGAUGCUGUGUUUUCCAAUCUGUAGAACGGCCAAAAGAAGUGACCCCAGUCUUUGCCACGGUGUGCCCAACGGGCAAGCUGAGAAGAGAGUUCAGUGACAUUCGGGCCUUGAGAAAAGAAAAGCAAACGGGGAAAAAUGGUUUGUCUUGUAAUAAGAGCAAAGCAAGAUACUAUUUUCCAGACCACCUCUAGUCUGUAACACUUGUGUUUCAAAUAAAUGUUUUAAAUUA